UCCUUUACCCUAAAAACAAAUGUCCAUUUCCUACAUAAAGCUUUCUCUUCUCUUCUUUGAACAGUCUCCAAACCUCACAUUACUCUCUCUAUAUACUCUCCUUCUCUAUCUAUCCUUCCCCUUUUUUCUCUGUUUUUUCCAAUGAAACAAAAAUGCUAAUGGUUACAUGCAAAAAUCUCUAGAAAUCUUUUUUUUUUCUUGAAAAUGGUUGAUGGGAUAUGAUACAAUCUUGUAAAGAUUGGAUUUUUAUUAAAGGGUUUUAAUAGCAGAGUCUUUUUUUGCUAUUUUCUUGAAAAUGAGAUUUUGAUUAAAGGGUUUUAAUAUAAGAGUUUUUUUUUUCAAUGGCUGAAAAAAGCAAUGAAUGUGUAGCUUCAAAUUUACUUCUUUGUAGAGAAACCAAGAAUCUUUGCUUUGAUGAUCUUGAUGAUUCUUUGGUCAAUAAUGAUGACCAAAAAAAUCAAGAAAAUAGUAAAGUUUUGAGCUUUAAUGACUAUGGUGGCAGAUCAAUGGCAUUGAUUGAAGAAAGCUUUUGUUUUAUGGUUGAAAAGGAAAAAGAUUUUUUACCUAAAGAUGAUUAUCUUAAGAGAUUAAGAACUGGAGACUUGGAUUUGAAUCUUAGAAGAGAGGCUCUUAAUUGGAUUUGGAAGGCUCAUGUGCACUAUGGGUUUGGAGAGCUGAGUUUUUGUUUGUCAAUAAAUUACCUUGAUAGGUUUCUGUCUUUGUAUGAAUUGCCAAGAGGUAAAACUUGGACAAUUCAAUUGUUAGCUGUAGCCUGUUUAUCCCUUGCAGUCAAAAUGGAAGAAAUUGAUGUUCCCUUGACUGUUGAUUUACAGGUAGGGGAACCUAAGUUUUUAUUUGAAGGUAAAACAAUACAAAGAAUGGAACUUUUGGUAUUGAGCACAUUGAGGUGGAGAAUGCAAGCUUAUACACCUUGCACAUUCAUAGAUUAUUUUAUGAAAAAGAUGAAUCUUGAUGAAAUCCCAUCAAGGCAAUUGGUCCCUAGACCAAUUCAACUAAUAUUAAGAACCAUAAAAGGUAUUGACUUCUUGGAAUUCAGGCCUUCUGAAAUUGCAGCAGCAGUGGCGAUUUCUGUUUCAGGGGAAAGGUCACAAGCAAUUGACAUUGAUAAGGCAAUGCCUUGCUUCUCCAUACAAGUAGAAAAGGACAGAGUGAUGAAGUGCCUUGAACUGAUUCAAGAUUUGACAUUGGUUAGUGGGACUAGUGCUGCCACUGCUGCAUCAGAACCUCAUAGUCCCAAUGGGGUGUUGGAAGCUGCUUGUUUGAGCUAUAAAAGUGGUGAAGGAACAAUUGGCUCAUGUCCAAAUUCAUCAAACAUUAGUAGUCCAGAUGCUAAAAGGAGGAAACUUGAUACAACACCAAUCUCUUGAGGGGAAUUGAGGAAAAGAAAAGUGAUGAACUCUUAAUUAUGUUAAUCUUUUUUUAGUUUUUAGAGCUUCACAACCCCUAAGUCCAAUCAGUUUUGGCUAAAUGGAAGAUUUAUCGUGGCUUUAAAAGUCACAAAAGCAUUUAGAAAAAGAGGAGGGAGUUGGGGGGUGGAGGUUUUGGG